AAAUGAAAUUACUGCCAAACAGCCCUAGGGUUUCCGCGGAGAAUGCCAAAAGAAAUGUAAGGUGGCAUUGGAUUGGAUCCAACGCAUCACCUGGACGGAAGUGUUUUAAAAUAUUCUUGUCUGCAUAGCGACGGCGAUGCUAACUAAGCUAAAGAAUCAGAGAUCGGCCUGCAAAUAUAAUAAAAUCCAGGUUCCUUCCACUUACAUGCAGAGUCAGAUAGCAAGGUAGAGUGCUCUCAGUCGAUGAUUUCAUCUUCUUGGAACGCUAAAUUAAGACUAAUGGAAGCAAGAAGAAAGGGAAAGGGGAUUUCAAGGAAACUUUCAUGGCGUUCUGAGGAAGAUGAAAUUCUUAUCAAGUAUAUAAAAAGAAAUGGAUUGGGAAAUUGGAACCUUGUCGGGAAGAAUUCAGGGCUUUCUCGGGAUGGCAAGAGUUGCAGACUUCGUUGGUUGAACCAUCUCCAGCCUGGUCUCAAGAAAAACCUGCCCUUCUCAGAGAAGGAAAAACUUGUUAUAUUUUCCGAACAUGCAGUUUUGGGAAACAAGUGGUCAGAUAUUGCUAGACAACUUCCAGGUCGAACAGACAAUGAGAUAAAGAAUUUCAUGAACAUUCAUAAAAAAAAGUGCUUAAAGAAUGGAGUAAUAUCAAUUUAUCCUCCAGAAAUUAGCAUGAGAUAUACAGACAAUGGAACUACUGAAUUUCCAAAGAUUGCGAGCUCAGGCGAUCAUGAUUCUGUCGUCCAUCAAUUGGUUGAACUGAUGGAUCUCCCUUCAAUCCAAAAUACAGAAAAGGAUGUCAUAGAUAUCUUAUUCAGUCCUUAUCUUCAUAAUCCUCAUAGCUCAUUCGAGCUACUUCCUCAGCCUCAAUUAGCUGCGGCUCAUCAAUCAUCGAACACAAGCUUCAACGUUCUCUCAUCCGAACAGUGUUCGAAUCUUUCAAUUGCUGAUCUUCUAUAUAGUGAUUAUUCUAUGGACGGAAAUCUUGAUUGUUGGUUGCAGUUCAUUUCAAGUUCAGGAUGGGAAGAAACAAGUUCCCACUUCAGUCUCGAUUGCUAAGAGAACCACUGCUUCUGCUUCAGAAAUAUUUGAUCCAAAUCAGACAAUGGUGUGGUAGUGAUAUAGCUCAGCUAUAUGAACCUGCCGGUUUUCACAAUAAGUAGUCUUAUGAAGUGUGAUCUGGAAUGAACUUGUAGUGAUAUGCCUUCCUUGUUUCUUUUGAAAUUUCAUUGUUGAUGCUUUCUUUGUUGUUCUCCGUUUACUGUAAGUUCAUUGUCCAUAUAUCCUGUACAUCAUAAACCUUGGAGGUGGAAGCAAACAAAUGCGUUCAUUGUUAACUCUUUCUGCAAAUUUCCUAAGUAGGAAUGUUUGACUAUUUGUUUUUCUGAAAGUUUGUUUUUUGAAUUUUCAAUAACAGGCAUUUAUUUGACU